AUGAAGUGAACAGGCCAUAAUCUUUGAAAAAGUUGAAAACUAAAAAAUGUUACAAUAUUCGUGAAAUAAUGAACAUAUCUGUGAUAAAUUAAUGUAAAAUGGAUGAUCCAAGAAUAGAAUGGAUACAGGGUCGAGUUUUCCUGGCACUGGACAUCAAAGAACAAGAAGUUUUCGAUGAUUUACUUGACCGCGACGAUGGCGAAGCAGAGCGGGACAUCGCCAAAUUUUUAAACGAAACUCCCGAUGAAAAUUGCCCCGCUUUACUGUUUUAUAAAGAGACAAGGGAGGAAGAAGAAGAGGUUGAAGUAGAAUGUGAGCCUGAGAUACCUGACAUAUCGGCAGAUGUUGAAGAUGAGCCUGAACCAACACCAGAACCUAUAGAAGAGCCACAGGCACCUUCACCAGCAGUUGGAGCUGAGGGGGGAGAUGAUGCUGAUAAAAAGGGCAAGAAAGGAAAGAAAAAGAAGAAGAAGGGUGACAAGGGUAAAGAUGAUGAUAAGAAGGAAGAGGAAGAAGUUAAAGAAGAGAAACCUGAGACUCCUAAGCCUGAACCAGAAGAGGCUGUAGAGCCAGAAAAUGAAGAACCAAGGGCACCUCUUACAAAAAUCAUCAUUCAAAAGAUCCAGCGCACAUACCUAUACAUGUGUUUUGGUCAGCUGCCAGAACAGACAGCAGAAAGUGACUGCGUUUACUUUCUCAGAAACUCACCAGGGAUGGUACCUUUGCCAAAUACUGUUGAAGAAGCCUGCAGGGAAUUGCCUGAACUUAUAGAAGUGGGGAUACUUAAUGGUCACUCCCUUGUCAUGCUAGAGCAGGUUAUCACUCAGGUAUUCAUGCCCUUGCUGUCCUACCACCAGAACAAGAAUGGAGAGGCAGAAACUAGCAGUGGAUCUCCAAACCCCACUGACAGUGCCCAAGUCAGUCGAGAGACAACCCAAGUAUCAGUUGUCUCACAACAGGGAGCAGAAGAAGAAGCAGAGGAAGCUCCAGUGAAUAUUCAGGAAUCAAAGGCCAACUCUCUCCUCAGAGACGAAUUCCUCAUAAACAUGCAAAAGUUUGCCAGCAGUAUUAAUAGAACAAUUCAACAAAUCGAGGGUGAAGUCAGGCUUGAAAUCCCUGAAAUUCAACUAUAUGAUGACAUUAAUGAAAACCUUAAUGACACCGAGUUGAAAGAUAAAAUAUGUGAGGUUUGUUCUACAUGGGAGCGACAAGUCAGUGCAGCCCUUGAGGUUCUCACUAAGAAGCAGCCGCAGGGAAAUGGCCCUUUAGCUGAGAUUGACUAUUGGAGAGAGCGUAAUGCCUCCCUCAGUGCCCUAGUAGAGCAGCUUAAAAUCCCCAAAGUGCAUCAAAUGCUUCAAAUAUAUGCAACGAUAGACAAUGCAAUAGAAUACCUUAGAUCUGAUUUGAAUAAAUGGCAUACCGAGGCUAAAGACAAUGUACGAUUCCUCUCAACUCUCGAGAGACAUUUUAAGAAUAUAACGCAUGGAGCUACAUUUUAUUCUGUCAUAGAGACAAUUGGUUCAAUGAUGAAUGCUCUAAGAAUGGUGUGGAUUAUUUCCCGGCAUUAUAACAGAGAUGAACGUAUGGUACCUUUGAUGGAAAGGAUAGCAUGGGAGCUGGCUGAGAGAGUAGCAAGAGUUAUAAACAUUAGGACCCUAUACAGAGAUAACAAUGUUGAACAAGUAAAACGAAAAACAUCAGAAGCCAGGAAAAUGUUGGAACUUUGGAAAGACUCCUACUUUGAGGUCCGUGCAAAGAUCGAGGCAUCAGGUCGAGACUCAAGAUGGGAGUUUGACAGAAAGAAGUUGUUUGAGCGUACUGACUACAUGGCAUCUAUUUGUGCAGAUCUCUACAAUGUUGCUCAGGUACUGGAAGAAUUCUACAACAUAUUUGGGCCAGAACUCAAGGCUGUCACAGGUGACCCUAAACGUAUAGAAGAUGUCUUGAAGCGGGUAGAUCUCCUUGUGAAACCAAUAGAAGAAGUAGCAUUUGAUCCAUUUGUGAUCCGCCACAUCAGUUCAUGGAAAAGUGUCAUGGAUUGGUUCAACAGAGAGGUUCAGUCCAUUGAAGGGGAGGCAAAGACAUUCAUUGAUGAGUCUUUCAAAACGUUGAGGUCUGCAGAAGGGGCCUUUGACAUGCUGCUGAAGUUCAAACACAUUAGAUCAAGGGAGGCGAUCAACUCUCAACUGAUGAAGAAAUUCAAUGACAUUCUCACACAGUAUGAGAAAGAGGUUGAUGUAAUGGACCAACUGUUCAAAGAGUUCAGGGAAGAGCCUCCAAUACAUAAGAAUCAACCCCCAGCGGCAGGAAGUAUCAACUGGGAGAAGUCACUGUUCCACAGGAUCAAGCACACAAUCAUACGCUUCCAGUCUAUGGAGGAAAUGAUGUCCAGUGAACAAGGGAAAGCCGCUAGGGCACACUAUCUAAGUGUUGCCAAGCAGAUGAAGGUUUACGAAGACAUCAAGUAUGAACACUGGAGAGAGCAUACAGAACAAGUGUUGCCAGGGCUCUUGAAGAGGAACCUACUUAUCAAACCAUCUGAGAAGAUAUACAGUGAGGGGCAGGAUUUACUCCCAAUAGGUGGCCCCACUGGACCUGAUGAUGCAGGUACAGUAGCCGUGGUAGUCGAAGAUGUGGAUAAGGUCUCCAGCCUAACUGGUGGGACCCAGGCUGAGGUGAAAUACUUGGUGGACUUUGACCCCCAACUGGCAGAAAUAAUAGCAGAAACUAGAUACAUGGAACAGAUUGGAAAUUCUGUCCCAGAACUUGCCAGGAAUGUAGCACUACAGGAAGAAAAGUACAUCAAGUAUGUAGAUGGUUUACGUCAGAUGCUAGCUCGUUACCAUGGUGUCCUGGCCUCCUUAGAUAACGCAGAGAUGGCGCUACUUGAGGAACAUAUGAAAGAUUUACGACGUGUUAUACGUCCUGGUUCGAAACGUCUCAAUUGGAAUUCACUGGGUAUAAACGAUUUCAUAGGGAAAUGUAAUGCGGCAAUUGGAAAGUUUGAGUCUCUAGUGAACCAGAUCCAGAAGAAUGCCAAGGAUAUAGAGCAGAGGUUGAAGAUGAUAGAGGGAGCUAGUCUCUUCAAGAGGGCCCCAUUAAAGGCACCAGAUUGUCUACCAGGCUGCAAGGAAUUCUUUGAGUAUAUAGAGAGGGAGCGUUUCAAAGACUACGAGACCCUUGCGAGGAAAUAUCGAGCUAUAGGGCCCUUAUUGACCAAGAUGGAGGGAUUGGUGGUCCAUACAAAUACAGGAAAGUCUCCUAAACUUGCCCAAUAUUAUGGACAUUGGGAAAGAAAAAUAUAUGGAUCUCUAAGCAAGCUGGUAACCAACAAUCUGAAGGGCUUCAAUGCUGCAGUGGUAAGUGAAUCUCCUCUUUUCCAAGUUGAGACUCUACUUGCUGCCCCUGAUGUUGUGCUCCACCCUGCGGCCAAUGAGGUCUACAAGCUAACUCUACAGUGUGUGAGAGACUGCGUUGAGGGAACAAAGAACUUUAUUCGUUGGAUGCAUGGCACAUGUUUGGAGACACCUCCACAGAAAAUAGAAGGAGAAGAUGAGCCAUACGUGUUCAGCUUCUUCAGUGACAUUUCAGCAAGCCCUGAAAUCAUAGAGCUUGUACAGAGUAUACAAAACAGCAUGAAAAACACUCUAACAGGCCUCACUAGGUAUCUCACAAGGUGGAAGAAAUAUAGAGGCAUAUGGAAAGUGGACAAGUCUGUGUCAGUAGAGAAAUGGUUUGCCAAGGAUCCAAGUGUUGUCUCCUUCGACGAUCGUUUCCAAUAUUACUUCAAGACCAUCGAUGAUGUGGAGAACUUGCCCUUGGUGAAAGACCAGGAGUGUAUCAGACUUCACAUGGCUCCAUUGGCCAGCGCUGUGAAAGAACAUGCUAAACAAUGGAUUGAAACUUAUGGUACAACACUAAGAGAUUCUGCCAAGACACAACUUUAUAGUCUACGUGAUGAAUUUGAUGACAAAGGAGACGAUCUGGCAGAGACUCCCAACACUUUAGAAGACUUGAAGUUUGUACUGCAGACAAUUACAGACAUUAAGAAUAUAUCCCUUGAGUCUGAACUGAGGAUAAGAGAUGUACAGGAAAGAUACAGGGUGCUCAGUAUAUAUGACAUUGAGGUGACAGAUGAGGAAAAAGAGAUCUGUGAGAAACUGCCUUACAUCUGGGAGGACCUAGUACUUGAAUCUAAGAAUGUAGAUGCUCGCCUUGUUGUUGUAAAGACCAAGUUUACUGAGAUCACCCAGCAACAGAUCAAGGAGUAUGCCAAGUCUCUUGAGGUAUUUGGUGAGAGGUUCCACAUGGAGGGACCUGGUGCUGUAGGGAAAGACUUAGAUAAAGGUGUUCAGCUGAUGAAAAAAUUCCAAGAUGAACUCAGCAAGUAUGAGGCUGACAGAAAUGAACUGGCGAAUGCUGAGAAAUUAUUUGACCUUCCAAUCACCAUGUAUCCAGAACUACUGAAGGUUCAAAAAGAGAUGAAAGGAUUGGAACAAAUAUAUGACCUCUAUGAGGAACAAAAGAAAGCACGAGAGACAUGGGCUGAGACUCUAUGGGCCAACUUGAAUAUUCAACAGCUACAAGAGGGAAUAGAGACAUUCUUAAAGUCCUUACGUAAACUUCCUAGGGAUGUGAAAAAUAUGCGUGUUGGGAAAAUGGUAGAGGAAAAGUUAAAGGAGUUCAGAGAUUCAUUGCCAUUGUUUGUUGAUCUUAAACAUGAAGCUCUUAGAGACAGACAUUGGAAGGACUUGAUGAAGAAGACUGGCCAAUCAUUUGACAUGAACCCAGAGACUUUCACUCUACAGAAUGUAUUCGCUAUGGAGCUACACAGAUUCCAAGAAACUAUAGGAGACAUUGUCACAGCAGCUACCAAAGAGUUGAGCAUAGAAAAGGGUGUAAAAGAAGUGCAGGAGACCUGGGACAGCAUCAAGUUUUCAGUUGGGAACUACACAAAGGGAACAUCAAAUCGAGGCUACAUCUUGGGUAGUGUGGAUGAAGUCCUACAGACUCUGGAUGACAAUGCUAUGAAUCUACAGAGCAUGUCUGCUUCAAGGUUUAUUGGUCCAUUCAUGACUAGUGUACAGAACUGGGAAAAGUCAUUGUCUCUCAUCAGUGAAGUCUUAGAUGUGUGGAUGGUAGUCCAAAGGAAGUGGAUGUACUUAGAGGGUAUAUUCAUUGGUGGGGAUAUUAGGUCACAGCUGCCUGAAGAAGCCAAGAGGUUUGACCUCAUAGACAAGACUUUUAAAAAGAUUAUGACAGACACACACAAAAACCCCAAUAUCAAACACGCAUGUCAUGUACAAAAUAGACUCUCAGACCUAGAGAACUUAUCUCUUGGUUUAGAAAAGUGCCAAAAGUCACUCAAUGACUACUUAGACUCUAAAAGAAAUGCCUUCCCAAGAUUCUUCUUUAUCUCUGAUGAUGAGUUGCUGAGUAUUCUGGGAAGUAGUGACCCUGAGUGUGUGCAAGAACAUAUGAUUAAGAUGUACGACAAUAUAGCUUCUCUGAAAUUCCAAAAAGGCAACAACAACGAGACUCUAGCGACUGCUAUGGUCUCAAGUGAAGGAGAAACCAUGGAAUUCCGUACUAAUAUUACUGCAGAGGGUCGUGUCGAGGACUGGAUGACAGAGAUCUUAGAUGAGAUGAGGAAAUCUAAUAGGCUUAUAACAAAGGAGGGAAUCUUCACAUAUUGUGCUAAUGGAGUAACAAGGGUUGACUGGAUGCUGCAGUACCAAGGUAUGAUAUGUCUAGCAGCCAAUCAGGUCUGGUGGACUUGGGAGGUGGAGGAUGUCUUCAGAAAAGUGAAGAAAGGAAACAAGACAGCUCUCAAAGAUUAUGCCAAGAAACUUCAUAAACAGAUAGAUGACCUUGUAGUGCAGGUGAGGAGUCCUUUAUCAAAGAAUGAUCGUGCCAAGUUCAACAGUGUGUUGAUCAUAGAUGUACAUGCCAGGGACAUCAUUGAUGGCUUUGUUAGAGACAGUAUUAUGGAUGCUAAGGAGUUUGAAUGGGAGAGUCAGCUGAGGUUUUACUGGGAUAAGGAACCAGAUGAGUUGAUAGUGAGACAAUGUACUGGAACAUUUGGGUAUGGGUAUGAGUACAUGGGGCUCAAUGGAAGGCUAGUCAUUACACCUCUUACAGACAGGAUCUACCUUACUUUGACACAGGCCCUGUCUAUGCAGCUAGGAGGGGCCCCAGCUGGGCCUGCUGGUACAGGCAAGACAGAAACCACCAAAGAUCUGGCCAAGGCUCUAGGUUUACUCUGUGUAGUAACCAACUGUGGAGAAGGUAUGGAUUACAAGGCAGUGGGUAAAAUAUUGUCUGGUCUCUGCCAGUGUGGAGCUUGGGGGUGCUUUGAUGAGUUUAACAGGAUAGAUGUCUCUGUGCUCAGUGUCAUCUCGACCCAGCUGAAGACGAUGCAGAAUGCUUUAAUAAUGAACCUGAAGAGAUUUCACUUUGAAGGCCAAGAGAUUGGUAUGGACAACAGAGUGGGUGUAUUUAUCACUAUGAACCCUGGGUAUGCUGGAAGAACUGAACUCCCAGAAUCCGUUAAGGCGCUGUUCCGCCCUGUAGUUGUAAUCGUGCCUGACUUGCAACAGAUCUGUGAAAUAAUGUUGUUCUCUGAAGGUUUCCUUAUGGCAAAGGUUCUAGCCAAGAAGAUGACAGUGUUGUACAAGCUGGCCAAGGAACAGCUCUCCAAGCAAUAUCAUUAUGACUUUGGUCUUCGUGCAUUGAAAUCUGUGCUGGUCAUGGCUGGAGAAUUGAAGAGAGGUUCUCCCGACCUUGCAGAGGAUGUUGUCCUGAUGAGAGCCUUGAGAGACAUGAACCUUCCUAAGUUUGUAUUUGAGGAUGUGCCCCUCUUCCUGGGUCUGAUCCAGGACUUAUUCCCAGGGCUUGACUGCCCCAGGGUACGCUACCCUAACUUCAAUGAUGCUGUAGAGGGUGUCCUGUCAGAUAACAACUAUAUACUGCUUGACAUACAGGCUGACAAAGUUGUCCAGAUGUAUGAGACCAUGUUAACCAGGCACACUACAAUGAUUGUUGGACCUACAGGUGGUGGCAAAUCUGUAGUCAUCAACACACUAGCACAGGCUCAAACAAGAUUGGGCCUUGCCACCAAGUUGUACACCAUGAACCCAAAAGAUCGCAGCGUUGUUGAACUCUAUGGUAUCUUAGACCCAACCACUCGUGAUUGGACAGAUGGACUUCUUUCAAACAUUUUCAGAGAUAUUAAUAAACCCACAGACAAAAGUGAACGAAAAUAUGUCGUUUUUGAUGGAGAUGUAGAUGCAUUAUGGGUAGAGAAUAUGAAUUCUGUGAUGGACGACAACAGAUUGUUGACCCUAGCGAACGGAGAGAGAAUUCGUUUACAGAAGCAUUGUGCGCUGCUGUUCGAGGUGUCAGAUCUCCAGUACGCCUCCCCUGCUACAGUGUCUAGGUGUGGUAUGGUGUUUGUAGACCCUAAGAAUCUUGGCUACACUCCCUUCUGGCAGAAAUGGUGCAAUGGAAGGCCCAGUAAGCAAGAACAGGGUGACCUGAUGAGGUUGUUUGAGAAGUAUGUGCCCAACUGUAUAGACAUGAUAAUUGAAGGCAUUGUGGAUGGGAAACAACAGGAGAAACUCAAGACAAUUGUCCCUCUCACAAAUCUUAACAUGGUGACCCAACUGGCCAUGAUGCUGGACUCUUUACUGGUGAAGGAUGUCGGGGAGGAGUUUGAUCUCAUGGAGGCUUAUUUCCUACAGUGUCUCUACUGGUCCUUAGGGGCGGGGCUUCUGGAAGAUGGACGCAUCAAGUUUGAUAAUUAUGUCAAGUAUAUUGCAUCAAUGACUAUGGUGGAUGAUGAAGGAAAGAUGGCGGGACCAGGUGAAUUACCAUCCAACUCCACACUCUUUGAGUAUUUCUGGGAUGGAGAUAAGAAACAGUGGAUUCCUUGGAACAACCUCGUACCAAAAUACAUCCACGAUCCCGAGAAAAAAUACAAUGAGAUUCUAGUACCAACGGUUGAUACAGUGCGAGCUGAUUGGUUGUUACGGCUCCAGACUGGGAUCAGACGGCCAGCGUUAUUGGUCGGAGAGACAGGAACCUCAAAGACUGCGACAACAGCUAAUUUCCUAAGAGAUAUGGAUGCAGAGGCAAAUCUGCUCCUGAACAUGAACUUCUCGUCAAGAACAACGAGCCUGGACGUACAGAGGAACUUGGAGGCUAACGUUGAGAAGAGAACCAAGGACACCUAUGGUCCACCCCCUGGGAAACGUCUUGUCAUAUUUAUUGAUGAUAUGAACAUGCCACAGGUGGAUGAGUAUGGUACUCAACAGCCCAUAGCCCUACUCAAGCUGCUAGUUGAGCGUGGUGGCAUCUAUGAUCGUGGCAAAGACCUCAACUGGAAGAACAUCAAAGACAUUAGCUACAUCGCUGCAAUGGGAAAACCAGGUGGCGGCCGUAACGAUGUAGAUCCCAGAUUCAUCAGCUUGUUCAGCGUUUUCAAUAUGACAUUCCCGUCUGAUGAGUCUCUGUUUCACAUCUAUAGCUCAAUCCUGACUGGGCAUUGUGAGCCAUUUGAGAAGGAAAUACAACAACAUGUGUCCACAAUUACCAAAAUGACCAUGGAGUUGUAUAGGCGUAUUGUAGCUGAGCUUCCCCCAACCCCAAGCAAAUUCCACUAUAUCUUCAACUUGAGGGAUCUCUCCAGGAUCUAUAAUGGCCUUGUCUCUACCACUCCUGAUAGGUUUGAGAAAAUUAACAAGUUUGUGAGAGUCUGGCGCAAUGAGUGCCUCCGAGUCAUCUAUGAUAGGCUAAUACAAGAGUCAGACCAAACUGCAGUACAAGGUAUGAUAAAAGAACUCGUAGAAGCCAACUACCCUAGCGAGCUUGGGUUUGUCACCAGGGAGCCUAUACUGUAUGGUGACUAUAGGACAGCCCUUGAGGAGAGUGAACCCAGACUAUAUGAAGACAUACAGGACUUUGAUGCUGCUAAGGCACUCUUCCAAGAGAUAAUGGAGGAAUAUAAUGAGCACCACACAGCCAUGCAUCUUGUACUGUUUGACGACGCACUGGACCAUCUCACCCGCAUACACAGAGUCAUCCGUAUGGACCAAGGUCACGCCUUAUUGGUUGGUGUUGGUGGGAGUGGCAAGCAAUCUCUGACACGAUUGGCUGCCUUUACUGCUCAGUGUGAGGUCUUUGAGAUUACACUGAGUAGAGGCUACAGUGAGAACAACUUCAGGGAAGAUCUCAAGGUUCUAUACAACAAACUAGGUAUAGAGAACAAGAAAGUUGUCUUCCUCUUCAAGGACCAAGAUGUCAUAGAAGAAGGUUUCCUUGAGUUGAUUAACAACAUGUUGACCUCAGGUAUGGUCCCUGCUCUCUACCCUGAUGAUGAGAAAGAUGCAAUCAUUGGACAGAUGCGAAACGAGGCUUUGAAGGCUGGCUCUGCACCUGCUAGAGAAAGUAUCUGGCAAUAUUUUGUGACAAAGUGCGCUAACAACCUCCACAUCGUCAUGGCAAUGUCACCAGUAGGAGAUACGUUACGUAACAGGUGCCGUAACUUCCCUGGUCUCGUCAAUAACGCAAGCAUUGAUUGGUUCUUCCCCUGGCCUAAGCAAGCCCUGCUCGCGGUGGCUAGUGUCUUCAUUUCAGCUGACAAUGAACUAAUUCCUGAAGAACACAGAGAGAGUGUAGUAUCCCACAUAGUGCAAGUCCAUCUGUCAGUGAAUGACUACAGCAAAGUGUUCCAGCAGAAACUGAGACGUGUUAACUUCAGUACACCCAAGAACUACCUAGAUUACAUCAACAGCUACUUAAAACUACUCGAAGAGAAAGAUGCCUACAUAUUGUCCCAGUGUGAACGUCUCGGAGGAGGCAUGCAGAAGCUAGCUGAGGCUAGUGAACAACUGAACGAACUGAAUGAAAAGUUGGCUGUUCAGAAAGUUGCAGUCACAGAGAAGACAGCUGCCUGUGAGAUCCUUCUGUCUGAGAUCACAGCUGCAACCAGUCAGGCUACAGAGAAGAAGGAACUGGCCGUAGCAAAGGCAGUUGAGAUUGAAGAACAAAGCAAGGUAAUCACUGUUGAGAAGAAGGAUGCUGAGGACUCCCUGGCUGAAGCCCUACCUGCCCUGGAGGCUGCACGACUGGCCCUGGAGGACCUUGACAAGUCUGAUGUCACUGAGAUCAGAUCAUUUGCCAAGCCUCCCAAGCCUGUACAGAUUGUCUGUGAGUGUAUCGUAGUCCUGAGAGGCAUCAGAGAGGUCUCCUGGAAGUCUGCCAAGAGUAUGUUGUCUGAAUCCAAUUUCUUAAAGUCCCUGACAGAGCUUGAUGUUGAUGGGAUCGGUACCAAGCAAGUCACUACUGUAAAAGGUUUCUUAAAGGAGAUGGACAUGACAGUUGCUGAGAUGAAAGCUACAUCACGUGCUGGGGCUGGACUCUUAAAGUUUGUUGAGGCAGUACUUGGUUAUUGCAGUGUGGCAAGGGAGAUCAAACCAAAGAGAGAAAAGGUGGCACGUCUAGAGAAGAAUUUCCACCAGGCUAAGAGAGACCUCUCAAAGAUCAACAAUGAGGUCAGCUCUCUUGAGGCGGAGCUUAAGAGCUUGAAUGAAAAGUACGAGAGUGCCAUGGCGGAGAAACAAGAACUUCAGACUGAGGCUGAGAUUAUGGAAAGGAGGCUGAUCGCAGCUGACAAGCUCAUAUCUGGUUUAGGCUCGGAGAAUGUGAGGUGGACCAAGGAAUUGGAGGAACUAAAACAGAUGAGGAUUCGGUUGCUAGGCGACUGUCUCCUGGGAGCAUCGUUCCUUAGUUACAUUGGAGCAUUCUCUGUGGAGUUCAGAACAGACAUGGUGGAGAAGGAUUGGCAGGCAGAUAUCCUCAAUAGAGAGAUUCCACUCUCUCAGCCAUACAAGCUAGAGGCUCUGCUAACCAAUGAUGUUGAGAUUAGCAAAUGGACAUCAGAGAGUCUGCCCCCUGAUGAGCUGUCCAUACAGAAUGGUAUCUUGACCACCAGGGCCAGUAGGUUCCCACUGUGUAUUGACCCUCAACAGCAAGCUUUGAAUUGGAUCAAACGUAAAGAGGAGCCAAACAACCUAAAGACUGUAACAUUCAACGAUAGUGAUUUCCUGAAGCAGCUUGAACUUGCCAUCAAGUAUGGGUUUCCCAUAUUGUUCAAGGAUGUUGAUGAGUACUUAGAUCCUGUCAUUGAUAAUGUAUUGGAGAAGAACAUUAAAGGUCAAGCAGGCAGAGAAUUCAUCAUGUUAGGGGAUAAAGAAGUAGACUACGAUCCUAACUUUAGGUUAUACCUCAACACCAAGCUGUCUAACCCUAAGUACACUCCUGCCCAUUUUGGCAAGUGUAUGGUCAUCAACUAUACUGUAACGCUGAAGGGCUUAGAGGACCAACUGCUGAGUGUGAUAGUGAAGUAUGAACGUAAAGAGCUAGAAGAACAGAGAGAGAGACUAAUUCAGGAAACAAGUGAUAACAAGAAACUGUUGAAAGAUCUAGAGGAUUCAUUGUUGAGGGAGUUAGCCACCUCCACAGGCAACAUGUUGGACAAUGUAGAACUUGUGUCAACUCUGGAGGAGACUAAAUCAAAGGCUGGAGAGGUUGCGGAAAAGCUUAAACUUGGAGCUAAGACCGCUAUAGACAUUGACAAAUUGCGUGAUGGCUACAGACCUGCUGCAAAACGAGGUGCCAUUUUGUUUUUCGUUUUAUCCGAGAUGGCCACUACGAACACUAUGUACCAGUAUUCCCUGGCUGCCUACUUGGAUGUUUUCCAGUUCUCUUUGAAGAAGAGUAUGCCUGAUACUAUAGUACAGAAACGCCUGCGCAAUAUUAUGGACACCCUCACUCAUAAUGUGUAUAACUAUGGGUGUACAGGUAUAUUUGAGAAGCACAAGUUGCUGUUCUCUCUGAUUAUCACCAUCAAACUGGAGCAAGAUCUGGGCAAUGUAGUUCAAGAUGAGGUGGACUUCUUCAUCAAGGGCAACAUAGCGCUAGAAAAAGCUUCUCGUAAGAAACCGUUUGCUUGGUUCCCUGAGGCAGGCUGGGAGGAUGCUGUACGACUACAGGAAGUUUCACCAAAAGCAUUUGGUUCCCUUCUGGAUGACAUAGAGAAGAACCAGGCUGUCUGGAAGGAGUGGUACGACCAUGAUGCUCCUGAGUCUGCACCAUUCCCUCUAGGGUACCAUGAAUCUCUUAGUGACUUCCAACGUCUGAUGCUGCUACGUUGCUUCCGUGUUGAUCGUAUCUACCGUGCUGUCACUGUCUACAUUACCAACACGAUGGGCGAGAAAUAUGUCAUGCCACCUAUUAUCAGCUUUGAUUCGAUAUUUGAGCAAAGUACGCCUAUGUCACCGAUUGUAUUUAUUCUAAGCCCAGGAUCAGAUCCGGCAAGUGAUCUCAUGAAACUUGCAGAGAGACUCGAAUUUGGAUCCAACAAGAUCAAGUUCUUAUCCAUGGGACAGGGCCAAGAGAAGCUUGCCUUACAACUCCUGGAGACCGCAAUAGCCCGAGGCCAGUGGUUGAUGCUUCAGAACUGCCAUCUAUUAGUAAAAUGGCUGCAAGACCUAGAAAAGGAGAUUGAAAAGUUACAAAACAUUAAACCUCACCCUGACUUUAGGCUAUGGCUAACUACGGAGCCAACUCCUAGUUUUCCAAUUGGUAUUCUCCAACGUUCUCUGAAGGUUGUAACUGAGCCCCCUAAUGGGCUGAAAUUGAACUUACGCAGCACAUAUUUCAAAAUCUCUGCAACAGCUCUGCAGGAAUGCCCCAACCCUGCAUUCUCAUCUCUCGUAUUUGUGCUCGCAUUCUUCCAUGCUGUCGUCCAAGAACGACGUAAAUAUGGAAAAAUUGGAUGGAAUGUCCCAUAUGAUUUCAACGAAUCAGACUUUAGAGUAUGUAUGCAGAUUCUCAACACAUACCUGACAAAAUCGCAGGAACAAGGCGAAUCGAAGAUCCCCUGGGCCAGUUUGAAAUAUCUAGUCGGUGAGGUAAUGUACGGAGGCAGAGCCAUUGAUGAUUUCGACAGGAGAAUCCUACGUACUUACAUGGAUGAAUACAUGGGAGAUUUCAUAUUUGACACGUUCCAACCAUUCCACUUUUACCAAAAUGAUGAUGUGGAUUAUCGCAUACCAGAAGAAGGUCCUAGAGAUAAUUACACGGACUUCAUUGAGCAACUGCCUCUGGCUAACACCCCUGAGGUGUUUGGACUUCAUCCGAAUGCUGAGAUUGGUUACUACACCCAAGCAGCCAAGGAUAUGUGGGACCACUUAAUAGAACUACAGCCUCAAACAGGUGAUACCGGUGGAGGAAUCAGUCGUGAAGACUUCAUUGAUAAGAUAGCAAAGGACGUCCUCAGUAAGAUUCCCAAGGUGUUCGAUAUUGAUCAGAUCAGGAAGAAACUAGGCCUUGAGAUCUCACCAACCACUGUUGUGUUGCUACAAGAACUGGAGCGAUUUAAUAAGCUGAUAGUCAGAAUGUCAAAAUCUCUAACAACUCUACAGAAGGCUCUGGCAGGAGAGGUAGGGAUGAGUAACGAGCUGGAUGACGUUGCACGCUGUCUCUUCAAUGGCCAGAUUCCUACAAUAUGGCGUAAACUGGCUCCUGCUACCCUCAAGUCACUAGGCAACUGGAUCAUACAAUUCAUGAGGAGGUUCCAGCAAUAUGACACAUGGGUGAAUGAAUCUGAGCCUAAUGUGAUGUGGCUGUCGGGACUUCAUAUCCCAGAGUCCUACUUGACAGCCCUUGUGCAGGCAACAUGUCGUAAGAAUGGAUGGCCCUUAGAUAAGUCAACUUUGUACACCAGCGUCACGACGUACCAGGAGCCUGAUGAUGUCACAGAGAGAGCUCAUGCAGGUUGCUUUGUACAUGGCCUCUACUUGGAGGGUGCUGGCUGGGACAGGAAGAAGAGUUGCCUUAUAAGACAGAAGCCUAAACAACUAAUUGAAGAGCUACCUGUAUUAAAGGUUAUCCCCAUAGAAGCACAUAGACUUAAACUACAGAACACUUUCCGUACACCAGUAUAUGUGACAUCACAACGUCGUAAUGCUAUGGGUGUCGGACUGGUAUUUGAAGCGGAUCUUUCCACACAUGAACAUACAAGUCACUGGGUCCUACAGGGUGUAGAUCUCAUAUUGAACACAGACUAAACAAAACAAACAUGAAGAAUACACACUGCGACAGCUCAUGUGCAUUUAUUUAGUGAAUCCCUGUGAAUAUUAAGAAGACUUAUUAAGUGAAUCUCAUCAGGUGUUCAUUGAGCACUGACCGGAACUUUCAUGAAACAUCCAAUUUGAAAACUAAUAAAAAAGGACAUUGUAGAAUAAAAUAUAAUUGCUCAAUUUUCAUGAAAUCACUUUUAACAUCAAUUAAAUGGACCGACUCCUGUUUUCUAUUAAACAAACAGAAAAUGAACGAAAAAUAUUGUAAAUAUAAUAGCUAUAUUGUCAUAUGUAGAUUUCCUUGAUACAAAUAAGAUAAGCAUCAAAAUGAAUGUUGAGAUGCAAAACAUUCGUGAAUAUUGAAUGAUCUCAUUAGACUAUUGAAAAGCAUGACAGAUUAUAGUAUUGUAGUAAUGUGACUCCAAGAUUAUUAUCUAUAUAAAAUCUAUAUACAGUACCACUAUACAUCACAUCUAGUUUUGUACAGGCUGUGCCACAAGUUCAUUUCAAGAAUUUGGACACCCUGUACAUCAAAAUUGAUUUUAUAUAUUCAUGAAUAUUAGUUCAUACAGAUAUAUUUCCAGUACUGUGCCAAGUAGAAAUUAUUAAUUUUUGAUAUUCACUGUAUGUACGAGGGUUCUUAAAAAGUAAGGUGCACUUUGUUGCCAUAGUAACCAAAGUAACUUAUUUAAUUUUUAUUACUUAUACAGUAGAUGCAUACAUUUGCACCCUAAUUUUUGACAUCCCUCAUUCCAUUAUGUUGAUUUCCAAAAUGUUCCUUAAAGUUUCCUCAGACUUUUUCUGUAACUAAACUAAGAAACAUAAUGAAUUUUUGAUUUGUACAGUAGACAAAAAGGGCAUAAUUAGCAUGACAUCGUCCAAAAAUACAUUUAGGAUUAAUCAACCUAUAAUCAACAGGGUGGUCAAAGUUGAAAUAAAAUUACAAACUGUAACAACUUUUAAAGCUGCUCCGUCCAUUGGAUUACAUGUACUUGGUUUUACAUUUUUAGCUCAUUUUAUAUAACAUUUUAUGAGUCAUACAUUGCGAUACCAAAUGCAUUAAAAACAUAUUUAACAAGUCUAAUCCUCGAAUUUCCGUCCAUAAGAAUAUGAUGAUUAAACUUUCACAAAUGUGAUGAACAGUGUUUACAAUUAUCCGUCCAACUGAACUACUGAACUUUAUAUCAAUGAUACAUUUAUUUAUUUAUAUAUUAUUUUUAAAAAUUUAUGUAUACAAUUAUGUAAGAGAGAUAUGUUGAUAUGCAUGGUUUAUGCAUAAAAUAAUUUAUAUCAAGACAAAAAAGUAUAAAAUAAAGCCAUAAAAUAAA